ACCUUUGACACCUUUCAAAUAUUAGAUAGAUCGCUCGUGAAGGAGGAUCAUUGUCCUAAAAAUAAGAGGGGAACAAAACCAAUGAUUCUGCUUCUUUUGCGCUGUGUAAUAAUGGAAACCGUGAUCCGUUCGCCCACAUAUUACCUGGAUGAGUUUCUUCGAAUAAAAUCAAGAUAGAUCUUAGACGUAAAUGUAUAUUUGAAUAAUUCCUAUUUCGAACUUUCCGGAAGUGUUGAUAUGGGUCACGGUGAAACGUUUCUCGGUAUGCCUAUUGCUCUCGCGUGUCUACCUUUGGAAAUCUGGAGCGAUCAUGUAAUCGUAGCGACUGAUGAAAUCAUUAUAACCAACGAUACGUUUCGUUUUUGGACGAGACAAUUGUUCAAUAAUAUAUAUAAAUAUAUAUCUACGAGAUUUUUUAACCGGAAACAUAUAAGGCAGGAACUCCAACGAGAAGAACCGAGCGAGGGUCGUUAGUUGUGAAAUAAUAACAAGACGCUUUUAGAUGAAUCGUCCGCGUCACGUUUAUCAAUUCAUUAGUAAUGCUUCAAGUAUGGCACAUAUACGAAUAAUAUUGCAAUUUUUAUGAGAGCGACGUUCCUAAUCUAUUAUAAUCUAGAAAGCCAUCAUCUUGGAAGAAGAGAAAAAGCAAUUAUUGUCCGGUCCAGUUUUGGAACCGAGAGACUUUUCUUGCGAGACCAAUAUUUCAAAUAACAAAAUCCAAGAGACAACUCGGGACGAAAAUAAAUGUUCCUAACAUUGAUUGCUUCGUGACCACAAACGUACAUCCGGAAUCAUUUAUGUUCUCUCAGUAAGCAAUAAACUUGACCUAAAAGAAAAGGAAAGUAAGAACAAGAGCGAUCGUUCUAACAUUUAGAAUAGCAUUUUUUAAACUAUAGAUUACGAGUCCUUAAUCAAUUGGUGCUUUGAUGAUAAUAGACAUUGGAUUGGAAUCGUAUAAUCAUCGAAAAAAAAUCGAUGAAAUUUUCGAUAAUAUCUCGAAACUCUUCAUGUUUCCCCAAAAGUCAGGAAAGCUCGGAGAAGAAGAAUCUGGAGCAAGAGGCAUAGCCUUGACGCAUAACCUUGCUACGUGAACUUCGACGUCAUGGUCGAAAGUACAACUGGUACUUGUCCAUGCUCGAAGAAGUCGGAUAAGUCAUGGCCCGUUAAGAUCGGAUCGUAGACUCCGAUCACUUUCUCCGACCGAUGGCCUGGCCGAGGACAGCCAAAGAGGAUGGCAGAAAAGAGGGAAGAAAUAAAUAAGAGGAAAAGAAGAAAUUAAUAGAUAAAAAAAAAAAAAAAAUAUCGAAAGCAGGUGAACCGAGAAAGAAGGAAAAGGAAGGAGAGUUUCGAUCACCAUCAUGAUCAAGACUAAUACAAACAUGGACAGAGUCAGGUAUACUAGCGGAAUCGGCGAGCUCAGAACAGUCAGACUCGAGAGUAUCUUUUUCUCCACCCAGGUGAGUCCACCUCCACCGUACUCGACCAACAGCCCCACCGCGUCUCCAAUUGCCACGACUUUCCGCUUUGGCUCCUUCCUUCUGUCCCCGGGGGAGGAUACGCGCCUAUAUAACUACGGCGUUCCACUGAUUGGACGAAGUAAGCCACGUUUUCCAGCGUCUAGGGAAGAAGAGAACGCAGCCCGAGUCCAACGGGCGGCACUCCAAGAAAUAUGAGGAUUCGCCCGGGAUGCGCGACUGCACUAGCAGUGCUACUGCAGAUCGUUCUUGUGGCGGGCAAGGCUUUGGAGCAAACGCAGCAAAUACAGUUACAAGUGCGGCAACAACAGCAACAACAACAACAACAACCGCAGCAAGUCCCGUACGGUACAGCGGCUGAGAAACGAUUGGCCGAUUGGAACGGAGAUGCAGGGGGUCAUUAUGGCGGGGAUGAUUAUGGUGGUAGUUUAGCUGGUGGAGAUUACGGUGGAGAUGUCGGAGGUGGUGGAGAUGACGUUGGGGGAGCGAUCGAGGAACACCACGUGCAAGAACAUCACGACGAUCAUCACGAUCAUGGCUACUGGAAAAAGAAAUUGAUUUGGAAAAUAGGUUGGAAGAAAAUUUGGAAACCAGCUCAAAAACAAAUUUGGAAACCUGCGUGGAAGAAGAUUUGGAAGCCUGUUUGGGAGCCGACGAAGAAAGCCGUUUGGAAGGAAAUCCAAGUACCAGCGUGGAAAAAGAUUUGGAAGCCAGUAUGGAAGGAGAUACAGGUGCCAGUGUGGAAAGAAAUUCAGGUACCUGCGUGGAAAAAAAUUUGGAAGCCUAUAUGGGUGCCCAUCAAAGUUCCAGCUUGGAAAGAGAUUCAAGUGCCCGAAUGGAAGAAGAUUUGGAAACCCGUGUGGAAGGAGAUAAAGGUGCCAGCUUGGAAGGAAAUUCAAAUACCGGCAUGGAAGAAACUUUGGAUACCGGAAUGGGUGAAGAUCGGUAUACCCGGUGAACAUUAUCACGGUACGGACCAUCAUGGCUGGCAAUAUACCAGUCACGAUUUGUGGAAAAAGAAACUGAUCUGGAAACCGGUAUGGAAAAAAUAUUGGAAACCGGCGAAGAAACAAAUAUGGAUACCGGACAAGAAGCUCGAGUGGAAGGAAGCAUGGAAGCAGAUUUGGCGACCUGCCAAGAAACAAAUCUGGGUCGAGGACAAGAAGCUCGUGUGGAAGGAAGAAUGGAAACAGAUAUGGAAACCGGACAAGAAGUUGAUUUGGGUGCCGGACAAAAAGUUGGAAUGGAAGGAAGCUUGGAAGCAGAUUUGGAAAACGGAGAAGAAACUCGAAUGGAUACCGGACAAGAAAUUAGCUUGGAAGGAAGCAUGGAAGCAGAUUUGGGUACCGGCUUGGAAAGAAAUUUGGGUGCCCGCCUGGAAGAAGAUAUGGAAACCGGUAUGGAUAUCGGAGUGGUUCCCUAACGAGGAUCACCAUCAUCAUCAGGGAUGGGCCGAUCGAAAGGACAGUCAAGGACAGAGCUCCCAAACAGUCCCACUUAGUCCCGAGUUAGUCGCAGGAAAUCAAAAUAAGAGCGAGCAGGAACAGCUAGUCGAGAAGAAUCAAGUUAGGUGGAACAGAUCCUUCGAAGGGGAUGUUAAGUCACCGGCAGAAAGCUUGUUACCACCUCCUAUUCCAACGUCGAAUCGAAACGCCGUCCCUUCCAACUUUACCUUUCGCAAUCGUUGAUCCGUCUUGAAAGCUCUGAUGCGAAUGGACCAACUCGCAAUACCUGUACAAAUAUUUCGCUCUAAGAGUAUUGUAACAUAUGUCCCUUGUGUAUAUAUUAUCUUAAUAAGCUUAAUAUAAGCUUAAGAUAUCCCUUUGAGGUACUUCAUUUUGUUUCUCGUUUUGACGCUUCAGGGAAUCUUAUCGCUCUUAUCCUUCUUUUUCUUUCUUUCUUUCUUUCUUUCUUUCUUUCUUUCUUUCUUUCUAUACCAAUUUUCCUUUGUUGUAUUAUCGUUUUUCUUACUUUUUUAUUUUCUUUUUUGUUAAUUAAUGACGUUACGAAUAAAGUUUAUGAAUAUUUUGUUAAUAUCCCUAUAGUUUCGUCCCUUUUUAAGGUCCCUUUUUAAGGUCGCGUCACAUGAUGGUAUGAUAUAUGUAGAUGACGUGCUCUGUAUAUGACGCAACGUGCCUACGAGGCACGCACUCCUGCGCGUCCGAUAACUGCGGGUGAAAGUAGGCUCCGUUAUGGUGGAAGGAGCCUACGUUUGUUUCGUACAUGGAAGAAGAAGUCCGUACUCUCCGGUGAAAGUAUUCGGCGCCCACGCUUCUUUUCUCUCCAACGAUUGUAUAAAUUAAUUACUCGCAUAGAACCGCACGUUUCUAAAGUUUUAAAAGUAGUCGGUUAAAAGUAGAAGCACAUUAAUGUGUAGUAAUGCGACAUUAGAGAGAAAGAGGGAGACACAAAAGACUGGAUUCCAUCGAUCACGAAGGACCGAUUAAAAAGAUAAAAAGUGAA